AUGUCCACGGACUGUGACCCUGAUGCUGUGGAGAGGUCGCUGGGCGCCGGGCCAGGUACGGAGAUGAACAGGCAAAUGCGAAGGCGGCGCCACCAAGCAAAAGGACGCAACUUUUAUAUCCUUUUAUUGCAACUUUCCUGCCAUGACGUCAUGUUUGGAAGCAAAGCAAUGACACAUGAAUUCUUUGAGAACGUCUCACGUUGUCUUCGAUGUGUAGGGCUGAACAAACUGAAAUUCUUCCGAUCAGCUAGGAGCGGCAAGUGGUCCGAAAACAGUGCAAGCGGCAAAUGGGGUGCAAACAGCACCACGAGCAACAAGUGGGGGGCCAACAGUAGCAGCGGCAACAAGUUUGGCAAGAGCGGCAGCAACAUUUGGAACAGCGCCAGGAUGCCGAUGCCUGACAACCAGAUGGACCAACAACAGCACACCAAAUAUUCCAUCACGGGAAUGCCUUUGCUGCUCGGAAAUGAGAACACUUUCUGUUGGCGCAUGUGGGCAGACAUCGAGAGGAUGGGAGGUGACAACCUCGGAAAUUGUCGCAGCGCUUUGAUUCUGCAAAGCCGCGAACAAAUCAGGACUGGUGAGCUUUCUGAAAUUGGUGAUUUGCAUGAGAAGGAUGGACCAGGCAGCUUUCUGGCCCUGGGAUUCGAUGGACGGUUCCUGUACUCGGUGGCCACGGAGGGUGCUGCAGCUUUUUCCGUAGAUGCCGAUGGCAAACUAUCACCGCUUAACACAGUGAAGUGUGAUGUGCCAGGUGGGGCUCAUGUUGCUGUGGCUUAUUCGGGUUCCUCCGGUAUGGUUGUAAGUCCUGCCUACCAUGGUGGUGGCAUCAACAUUAUGAAGAUCAAAGCGGAUGGAAGUCUCUCAGAGGCCUCUUCAAUCAUGCACAAAGGUGACAGCCAGGCGCAUCCGCACUCGUGUUUCAUUGAUGCCAGCGGAAAGUACGGCCUGAUCUCUGAUCUUGGGCUCGACAAGAUUUAUGUGUAUCGCCUUGAUGUGAUUGGCGGACAGUUGGUUGAAGAACAAGUUCUGCAGACAGCUGAGAAAGCAGGGCCAAGACACAUGUGUUUCCAUCCCAAGGGAGAAUUUGUGUAUGGCAUCAACGAGCUGGAUUGCACCAUCAAUGUCUAUGCCUUUGGGAAGGACGAUACCAUCCUUGGCCCAAUCUUGCAGACAGUGUCAACUCUACCAGAAGGUUACAACAACCAUGACCAUGAGAACGCCAAGAACGCCAACGGCGAUCCGGCCUCUGGCCCCAACCGGCCGUCGCAGACCAAUGCCACGGCGGAUCUCCAGGUGUCGCCAGAUGGGCGCUUCCUGUACGGCUCGAACCGUGGCCACGACAGCCUGGUCUGUUUCAGCAUCUCCAAAGAUGGCUUGCUGAAACUGGAAGGCUUCACUUACACAGGAGGAGAGCAUCCUCGGAAUUUUACCAUCCAUCCAUCUGGAAAUUGGAUCUUGGUGGCGAACCAAGACAGUGACAAUGUGGUCGUCUUCCGCCGCGAUCGUCGCUCUGGGAAGCUGGAAGACAGUGGUCAACGGGCGAAGAUGAAGACCGCCAGGUGCAUCAUCUGGGGCAACCCCAGGCGGAAGCUGACCAAACCCACCUGGCACACGGUGGCAAGCCUCACGCCAGAGCAGAAGGGUAUCAACCUCUAUGUGAAAGUUGUCAAAGUCAGCUCCGACGUGCCGCACGACGUCGUUCUGGGUGAUGCCACCGGCCUGGUGACGCUGCGGGUGAGGGAUGAUCAGCUGAAGCUCUGUGUGGAAGGUGCAAUCCUUCGUAUCCAGAACGCACAGAUCCGAAUGGUGGCGAACCAUAUGCGGUUGGAGGUGAGCAAGUGGGGUGUUCUGAAAGCAGCUGAGCACGAAGACAUUGAGCCGUGCAUCAGCAACGAUGUGUCAGCUGCCAAGUGGCGCGGAGCGUGUCUCCCCACGAAGGUGGCCGGGCGCGUGGACGAAAUGCUGCUGUUCUCUCGUGGUUUGUCGGACACCGACGCUGGACUUCUCCAGGGCGGCUGCUUACCCAACUCGGAGGGAAUCCUGCAGGAUGUCUCGAUGCUUGGGGAUCCAGGUUUCCAUCCGUACAGCUCUCAAACCGGAGAGCCCAAGCCGCAGACCAAGAUGUGGGGAAUCAGCCAGAUAAGAGAAAGAUCGCCUGUAGGCAUUGUUGGCAUUGUAGGCUGCAGCGAUUUGCCAAGGUGGCAAGCGAGAGGUGGUCUCUUACGACUCUCUUUAGAGGAAAUUGGCCAUCGCUUUGGCGAGGAGAUCGCACAAGACGUGGUCCGUUGUGCCAAAGAGUUGGACAAGUACGAUGCCUCCCGGCGCGUAGGAGUGGAGUUGCCAUGGCAUCCCAUGGAGGAUCGUGAAUUGGAACCCGCAGAGGCGGGAUUUCAGGGCACAUCCUGGGGGGCACAGGCAGAAGGGGAUGAACCCUUGGGGUCGUUGGACCCUCUCUGCGGGAUGCAGCUGUCCAGAGCACGAGCUGGAAGUUUGCUGCGCUGGACACGAUGGGCAACGCAAAAGAUGGGCUGGCGGCUUUGGGUGUUGCUGGUGGCAUGGAUUGCCCACUACCUCCACGGUGUUCGACGGGUCCGCCUACACCUUGCGAAGACACGGGCCACUGACAGUGUGCGUGAGCGCAUGCAACGGAUCGUCGCUCGCUGCCCAUCUCUACAUAUGAUGUACUGGCCAACGUGGUAUGCACACACAGCCUUGCAGCAAAUCAUCCUACUGGGCUUGAAAGAAAUGCGCUGUGCUCUGCAGUGGUCUACGUACAAACGACAGAUCAUGACGCUCCGAGACACUUCCAGGAUUUCGUUGGACUGGGUCGUGCCCCAGCCCGAAGUGGCUCUACCUGAUGGCCCUGUGUGUGUUUUGCUUCAUGGUGCAAUCCAGGACAGCCGCAGUUCCACCAUGAAGGAUUUGGCCAAAGAGUUAGCCGCACGAGGCAUCUUGACUCUGGUUAUGAAUCGACGUGGCUACGGAGAUUUGACAAUGGAUGCGUCGACGGCUCGAGUUACCCUAUUUGGCUUUGACGAGGACCUGGAUGAAGUGCUCCUGGAGGUUGGUCGUAAAGCGCCCGGACGUCCCGUUGCGGUGGUCGGUUUCUCAUGCGGCUCAGGUUUCGCUGGCAGAUAUGGGGCCUUGCGCUCCCACCUCUCAGCCUGGAUGGAUGACAAUGGACUCUCCAGGACCAUCCCGCGACUUCUCUGCGUUGUGUGUUACGAUCCCGGCUUUCAUGUCGUGAAGGCCAUGCAAAAGGUGCCGUUGCCAUACCGAUGGGGCUUGGAUCUGGCCCUGCGAUAUCAGUAUGUCUAUCGUCAUCGAGAGACCUGGAAACAGAAGUCUCCCUCCUCGGCGGAAGUGGUGAAGAUGGUGCUGGAUCCGGCUCAAAGCUUCGACAACGUCUACCGCAACGUCACGAAACUGUCAGGCUUCGGAUGUAGCAACACCUGGCUGGAAAAGCAGCAGCCCUCUUUGAAAGACAUGCAGCUGCCCUGCUUGCUGAUCAACUCGCGAGAUGAUCCCAUUUGCGUUUGGGAAAACGUGGAAGAACAUGCCUCGAACAUUGAGCAGAACCCGUACUUGGCAUUGGCAGAAUUGCAGCGUGGUUCGCAUGGCUGCAAGUUUGACCUGUGGGGCUUCAACUCAGUUGGCAACCGCAUGAUCGGCGAUUUUGUCCUUGCUUCAUGGGCAGAGCUGAAAGAGACCAAGGGAUCCGGCGAACGCAGCCCAUGA